UAUUUGAGCGAUUAGCCUGUUAGCUAAAACAUUCUUCAUAUCCAUAUAUAGUUAGCAAGCUAGCUAGCAUAUUCAUUCGUGUUCAGAUACAUCCACCAUUAUAUUACAUUAGUUAUAUUUCCAAAUAUAUUACGUAUAAACGUGUAAACAGUGAAAAGAAGUGAUGUUUUUCAGUAUCUCAGGGCGGUUUUAUCUCUGACUGGAAAACAGCUGAUUACCUUUUCAGCGACGACGCCUCCUGUCCUGACACGAAAAGUAAGUGCUUUAUCCUGGUCAGGGCGGUGGAUCCGGAGCCGACCCCGGGAACACUGGUUGCAAGUCGGAGGAAACUGGAGAACCCGGAAGAAACCCACACAAACACAAGGAGAGCAUGUGGAAACUCAGAUGGCUGAUGAAUGUCAUUAUUAGCCAGUUGUACCUAAUAAACUGGAAACUGAGUGUAUAUUCAUGGAGGCCUAAGCAGAUCCAUGUGAGUGAUGAGUAUGUGACGGACAGAGCCACGGUAUUUCACAGCGCCUACCUGUCCAAUUGUUGGCUGCGGUGGAGCACCAAAUCUGUGCCGCUUGGUCAUUAUCUGCUGCCUCCUGUUUCUGUACAGAGAGAGGUGAAAGCCAGGAUUGGAAGGUUUAUAUGGGAGCAGGAUGAGAUGCUAGGAGUGACUACGCCACAUGGAAAUAAAGGCACUGAGCAGAUUUUGAACAUUCAGCGUGAUGCUAAAGGAAGUCAGUCAGAGAAAGGAAAGACAAGGCUGGAGAACUGCAUGAACACCUCUCCAUCAAGAGAUGAAUCAGUGUGUUGUGAGGCGCAGCUCUAUCCUGUAAACAAUAUGGUUUCAGGUUAUGUCCAUAUUGACCAGCUAAAGAAGUUCUCAGGAGAGCUGCAUGACUUCCUUCCGUCUCACUCGGGUUAUUCAGUCUCUAGAUCUUACAUCAGAAGUCUUCCUUAUCAACAUAAAGAGGGACACUGAAGGACAUUUUAACUUAUUUUAAAAGCUUGACAAACUAGAAAUUAGAGUUUUUACACAGAAAAAAAUGGACGAGAGAGACUGUGUGAGAGACUUAUCUUGAUUUUAGAUUAUAAUAUUAUCCAAUUUACACAAUAUAUGACUGAAUAGAAUAAAGAAAAUUUGUAAUGAUUAA